AUGGACCGAGCCACCCCUCGCUCUAAUCCAAACUACGACGUCUACUUCUCCGACGAAAAGAUCAAGACAGUGGUGGAAAGAUGUCUUCCUUUUGUCAAGCGCGAGCACAUGGUCAUCGAGCACCUGCCGUCAGGAAAGUCCUUCAACAACCGGAUCUACUUUAUGAAUCUCACCGAGCCAGUUCGCACUCUCCGACCAGAGUGGAACGGAAAUGAAGUCGAAGUGACAAAAACAACCACCGAGGUUCAGUCCUCUUUUCUGGUGCUCAAGAUAGCCGGCCAUCCCUUUGGACGAAACAAAGUCCAGAACGAGGUAGCCUGCCUUCUCCUCCUGGAAAAGCACUGUCCAUCCAUCCCGGCGCCAAAAUUGCUCGCUUGGUCCGACGAUGGCAAGAGGGUCAGGACACCUCAAUAUCCCCGCGGUUUCAGAGACACGGAACCAAAGAACAUUCCAGUGCUGGCGAUCAAAGAGGACGGGACCCCGAUUGAGGAUGCUCGCAAGGACACCGAGGGACAAGGCUGGAUUCUGAUGACGCGCGAACCAGGAAGGCCGAUCAAUCCAAAUGACUUGAUGGGUGAUGCCGGGGAUGAGUUGAUGCGUCAAAUCGCUGUACAUGUGGCUACAUGGCGGAAGAACAUGCCCCCAGCAAAGGCGGUAGGCAAUUUGCGAAUUGUUGGGAGCAACUCCACUCCCCAGCCUGCAGCCGUUCUUUUCGACAAAGCCAUUCUACCAGGGUUCGAGGUUCAUAUUGAUGGGUUGAUAACCAACAAUUGUCCACCAUCUCCCUUGACCACUUCAGAGAAGUAUCAUGCCUUCGUGCUCAAAAACUCACUGAAGCGGCUCAAGGAUGGGAAGCUGUACAAUCACACCUCGGACGAGGUCCACGAGUUGGUGAAGCGCAUGGCUGACAACACUCUCCCCAAGCUCCCCUUGUUUCGCUAUGGAAUUGAGCCCAUGGUGUUCACACACGAUGAUCUUUCGACCCGCAACGUCCUCGUCUCGCCCGACGGAUCGGGCAACGUCAAGCUCUCGGCCAUCAUCGACUUCGAGUUUGCGGGCUUUUUCCCCAAGGAAGAGGAAUUCGCCAUGAACAUGCAAAAUGACCAGGAGGAGUGGCCAAUCAAAAAGUACGCCGUGUUCUUGUCCGAGUUGAAGAAUCGCGAAGCCUUGCCGGAAAACUUGACGCAAAAGAUCCCACCGCCAUCGUCGGUCGGAAAUGCCGUGGACAAGUGUUUCGAGUUUGGGACGGCCGAGUUCCACCAAGCUGUGCUUCUCCUGCGCACCACGAUCAACACUGCGCCCUGGUGGAUCAAGGAAGAGAACGGGUAUAACGAGGAGCAGUUGCAGGCGGAGAUGGAGGCUGCCAAAGCCAGAGUCGAGAAAGCCAUCAAGUUGUUGGAAGAGAUGGUGCCGGCUGAGGAACGUGAAAAGCGCAGCCGAAGGCGAACCAACAGCACGCGAGCGUGA